AUGGCACCAAACGAAAUGACGGCAGCAGCAGCCCUGCGUUACUGCGUGUUCCACUCCUGCUGCUGCUGCUCUCUGUGCUGGGCUGCAUGGCCGUGUGCUGAGCACUGUGCUGGGUUCCAUCCAGAGAGUGUGGGUAAUUACUUGUUUACUGUUAAUAAUAAUAAUAAUAAUAAUAAUAAUAAUAAUAAUAAUAAUAAUAAUAAUAUAAUUGCUAUUGUAUUCAGUACACUGGGCACCGAGAAAAUUAAUCCCGAUGACACCCACCGGGCCAGGGUACAUCAAUUUGUAUGGAAAUACCUAAUCUCUUUUCAUUUUUAUACUUGUAAGCAGAGCAUUGCUGUGCACCUUGUGCUGUGUCUCACUCUGCAAUUGUGCGAUUCCGGUAAAUGA